CGCAAAUGACAGCUAUGUAAUUGACGUAUAAUGACAGAUAUGUAAUGACGUAUGGAUGACAAUUUGAUAUUUGUAAGAAAUCAAUAAUAAAACUAUUUCUAUUAAAUAAAUAAUUAACAAUUAUAAUGUAAUGAUAGUGCCAUUGCCCAUUCGUAAAAAGUGAAGUGAACUAUAAAACUCGGUAUGGUUGAAAAUUUGAGUUUUUAGGUGAAGUGAAGUUAAUUAAUAAUGCCGCGAGCAAGACGAUCGAAUCUUUCCCGACAAAGUCGUGAUGCAAGAAGAAUACGAAAUACUGCAAAUGAAAGGACUGAAGAAGAAAAUUUUAAAAAAAAACUGCUUAUUUAUUGCCAUUAAGGCGGAACAAAGUUCGCCGUGUCAGCUAGUUAUUAAGAUAUAUAAUUUACGUAACAUUUAUAGUUCUAUUUUGUUAAUAAAACUACAAAUAAUUUAAUUCAUGACUGCUAUAUAUUCGAGAUGUAGGGACAAAGGAAAAAUUAAUUUUUCUUAUUAGAACAAAGUUCUAAGUUGAUUUCAUCCUUAUGACUUGAAGAAAAGUCAAAAUUUAUCUUUCUUUCAAAAACUAUCAAAAAAAUAAUAAUUUUGAAACAGAAAAGACCUAAAAUCAAGAACAUUUAGAUGCAUUAAAUGUAUUCAUCGUUUGGGAAAUAAUUGAUUAAGAUUUCCGGCGAUUUCGAUAUUAUUAAAGCUUGUAAUAAUUUUUAAACUCAUGCAGUUCAAUAUUCAAAUUGACUUUGAUAGAAAUAUUGCUUUCGUUGCAUUCUUUUUGUGUUCAAGGGAACUAGGAAUAUGCUUAUACCAGAGGUUAUAUAAUAGUAUUUGAAUAUAAUUGUUACUUGUCGUUUAUUACUUAGGGGGUUUGAGCCUACAAAUAGAUAUUAUGAGUCCAGUAUACCCGACUAUCGGUCCAAGAUACAUAAUGUUACAAAACCAGAAAGGAAAGAACACAAGGAAUCACGAUUUGGUAUAAUUCCCAUUUCAACAAGUUCAUAUGGAUCAAGUGGUAAUGGUGGGAUUCAAUAUUCAGGAAGUAAUAUUGGUUAUGCCAUAAGUCCAAUGAAAAUUGACAUUGGAGGAGUUGCUUUAGGAGCUAUUCUUGGUCUUGGUUUAGUUUUGAUUAUUCCAAAACUUGCUAAUAUUGUGGGAGGAGGAUACGGUGGAUAUAGGAGUUUAGAAAAUGAAAUGUCUUCAUUCACAGAUGUUUUGGCAAGAAUAGAUAAUUCUUUGGAAUCACACAAUAUAGAUAGUACUUCAUGCAUACAGAGAGUUGUUUGCUCCUACAUAAAUAGUGCACAGAAAAAUAUCAAUUCCGGAAAUGCUUCCGGCUUGGAAGAAUUUAUAACAUCAAUUGUAAAUAAUACCUUAUUUUCUUACAUGCUUGAUGGGACGGCAAUAAAAGGAGCUGUAGAACUUGGAAGAAGGGCAGAUGAGGAGAAAUGUUCCAACAGUUUUCCAAAAUGUCCAUUAACAAAAGAUAACGUCCUCAAAGUAUUAGGAAGCUUGCUGCCGGCCUAAAUUUUUGAUCAAGUUAAACUAGAGGUUUACAAUAUAUCUUCGCUGAAAAUAAUUCUUGUGUAUAUAGUAUCAAACGUGUGAAUUGAUGAAUAAAAAAUGUUUAAUCAUC